GAGUCAUUGGUCGCAUUUAAUAUGGUCACCGGUUCCUCUCUGUCGUCCGUACCAUCAUUCACCGCCUAUUUCCGGUCAACCUUUCACCCCAAGCCUCCUUUAAUUCCUCCUUAUUACUAUACUACUACCACCGAAACCCUUCCCCCUCUUGAUUGAUAUUCCUAUUUCCUAGCUAGCUAGAUCGAAAUUGAUUAAUUAGCACACAACAUUAUAAGAGUGAGCAAAGGUCCUGUUACAGAUGGAACUAGAAGCCAUGGACACCAAAGAGUUGAUGAUGAUGAUGAUGAUGAUCAAAAUGGAGAAUCAGAAUAAUCCCUAUCCUCACAUGGAUAUGGAUAUUCCUUCUGACCCGUUUUCAUCACUACCAGUACUGGAUCAGACUGCUUUUGGGUCCGAGCAAAAGACUUCCUUAGGGUUCAUGGAGUUAUUGCAGGGUGGUUUUCAUGAUCAUAACUAUUCAUCUCCUUCUUCUUCUUCCAUCUUUGACAUUAAUAAUAUGAUGAUGAUGAUGUACCACCAUGACCAUCAGCUGCCAUCACCACCAUCAUCAUCGUCAGCUCAUCCUCAUUCGAACCAACAUGAUCAUGAUCAUUACAAGGAGGAGGAUGUAACUGUUGAUGAGGUUGCUGGAGAAGAAUCAUCGAUAUCGGUGGUGUUAAAUGUGCACCCUUCAAUUUCAUCACCGAAUGCUUCUUCCCUCUCCUCACCUCAACCUGCUGCUGCUGCUGCUGCUACUGUUGAUCAACUACACAAGCCCCUGAAACAGUGCAUGGAAUCGAAGAGAACGAAGGUGGAUGGAGAUGAUGAGAGAAAGACAUUAAAGAAGAAGAAGAAGAAGAAAGAGAGAGAAGCAAGAUUUGCAUUCAUGACGAGGACUGAGAUUGAUCAUCUGGAUGAUGGCUACAGAUGGCGCAAGUACGGCCAGAAAGCUGUCAAGAACAGCCCUUUCCCGAGGAGCUACUACAGGUGCACAAGUGCAUCCUGUAAUGUGAAGAAGAGAGUGGAGAGGUGUAUGGGUGAUCCCUCCUUCGUUGUUACCACUUACGAAGGUCAACACAUCCAUCCAAGCCCAAGCCCUUCUGCUGCACCUACUAUUAAAAUUCCAUCCUUUAAUCAUCAUCUCAACAACAGCAUCAUCAUCAAUCCCACUACCUAUAAUUAGCUAUACAUAGCUCUAUAUCUUAGCUAUGCUCGGCCUGCAGCUACCAUAUAUGCAUGAAACUAGACCAAUUAAGGAGCAGCUGCAGGUCUUCUUGAUCAGGCCGGAUAUGCUAUCCACAAGCAACACUUAAUUCAUCACUCAUUCAUCAUGCAUCUUCGAUCGUCUUUCAAUUAUAUAUCAAACAUCCCAGCAUUAAUUAAUACGUACCUUGUUCCAGUGUAUAUAUAGCUAGCAUGGAAGACCUUAGUUUUUACUUUAUUAAUCCCGGUCUUUUGUAGAUAGGAAUGGUCUGUGUCAAUUAUAUAAACCUAGCUGCUUGUCCUUUACCAAACGCC